GUGAUUACAACAUGGACGGCGUCACCAACUUUCUCUCAGAAUUUGGAGACGUGCAACAGUACUGCCGGACUCUUUUGCAGUGUGUGUCGGACACCACAAGGUGUUCCAACGGUCUUCCAGCUGCUGGAGAUGAUCAUGAUUUCUACAGUACAAUUGAUGGCUUUCAAGCCUUUACACAACAUCAUACCGGGAAAAUACUCAAAAUGUUGACGUUGUUGUCCAAACAUGAAGGUCUUCCGUUUUCACGUUGGAGUGCUAAAGACAUUGAAGUUGAUGAAUUAACUGAUUGGCUGGUUGAAGUCAAUGACCAGAUGAUAGACAGACUGAGCUGUUGUCUAGAUGAAUUGAGUGGAGUAGCACCAACUCGUGAGCCUGUUAUAAAACAGUCUACAUCACACACAAAGACACAUACUGCAUCUUGGAAUCGUGAUAGUAGAGAAAAACGUCACAUAAGAGUAAUGCAUGCAAGGAACAUAACACGACCUCAACUCAAAUUUAAAGAUACAAUUGACAACUCAAAUACACCGUUUAUUCAUCGUCUGACACACCGACCAAAUAGUGUAGCAAGAGAUCAGGAAGAGGGAAAAGAUGCAUUUAUUGAUCAAUUUGUGAGGCAAGCCAGAGAAGCAGGAGGUGGUGAGAGCACAAGAAUCUACGAGAGUACAAUUCAUCCGUAUGAACACGAAAUAAGGGCGUUCAGACCAAGUGAAAGAGAGUUACAGCCGGUUGAGAUUACGGCGUAUUCUUCAAUGGAAGAAACUCGUCUUACUGUUGUGAACACACUCGAUCAACUCAGUGACCUAAAUUCAAUUUUACUGAAAGAAAGAGAAAUUGCUGUAGAUUUAGAGCAUCAUGCUUAUCGAACGUUUCAAGGCAUCACUUGUUUGAUGCAAAUUUCAACUCGAUCAGCGGAUUACCUCAUUGAUGUUCUAGAGCUGAGGUCACAUAUCAAUUUGCUGCUUAACGUCUUUACUAAUCCAGCUAUUGUCAAGGUGUUUCAUGGUGCUGACCAUGACGUGCUGUGGCUGCAACGUGACUUUAGCCUUUACAUUGUCAAUUUGUUUGACACACAUCAAGCAGCUUGUUCACUUCAAUUGGCGAGGCAUUCUCUUGCAUUUCUGUUGCAUCAUUACUGCAAUGUUGAUGCAGACAAGCAGUUCCAACUGGCUGAUUGGAGAAUACGACCUUUGCCAGAGGACAUGAUUGAAUAUGCAAGAGCUGACACUCACUAUCUACUGUACGUGUAUGACAAGAUGAAAAAUGAAUUGAUAGAGAAGAGUUUGACUGUUGGAUCCAAUCUCCUGAUGGCAGUAAUUGGGAACAGCAAGCAAGUAGCAUUGCAGGUGUAUGAGAAACCUUUAUUGAAUGAUACAUCACAUUUGAAAUUGUAUUACAAACUUCGAAGGCCACUGAACGAUCAGCAACAGAAAGUGUUCCAGUCGUUGUAUGCUUGGAGAGAUAGAGUGGCUAGAGAUGAAGAUGAAAGCCCGAGGCAACUCUUAUAUCUGUCUACAUCUGUCUGUCUGUCUGUCCGUCUGUUUGAGUCUGCACUGUGUUUUCUUUACGUUCUUCCCAACCACAUGUUGCUUCACAUCAGUGAAGUUUCUCCUCGUGAAGUUCAAGGAGUGUUGGCAUGUUGUGCACCUAUCCCUCCACUUGUCAGACAACAUGUCCAAGAAAUUCAUCGUCUCAUACAACAAUCACGUCACACAACUGGAGCUGCUAAGACUACAGAAGAUAGACAAGGUGUGGAUGCAACAGACGGUUCAAACGAGGGAGGAGAUUCAGGAGGAAGAAAGAACGUACUGAAUGAUGAACAACCAGUUAGAUGGAUGAGCCAUGGGUUGAUCAGCAGUGGUCCUGCUAUUCAGUUGGCUUUGCCAAUACACACUGUGUUUGAGGAAACGGAUAUUAUUGUAUCAGCAAGCAAGCGACUAGCAUUAGAAAUUGAAGCAUCAUUUGUGAGUCCCUUGAAACCAAUGUAGCAGUUAAUCGAUGCACACAAGUGUACAGACGAUAAUGUAACUACAACACUUGCUACUAAUGUACUGUACAAUAGUCUUUAGUUACUAAAAUAGACUGUGCUACAAUGUUAUUGACAAUACUGAAUUGUCUAAAAAAAUUUCACUACUACUGUAGUAGUAUACAGUUACAUAUGUGCUACAGUAACUAUGGCAACAAUCUCACAAUUUUUUGGAAAGUUGA